GCCCCCCGCAGUUCUCCGGAAGUGGAAUGGCAGGAGCCCCAGCCUCGCUGCCCCCCAGCGGCCCCCCGGAAACGGAAACGGAUUCCCGCGUGCCCCUUCCUCACUGCCCUCCAAAUCCUGCUGCAGCCAUUGCCGCAGCCACGAUGCCGAAACGAAAGAAGCAGAACCAGCAGCAGCCGCCGCCGCCGCCGCUGCAGCCUCCACUGUCGGAGCGGGAAGAGACUGGAGAGGAGGAAGACAGGGGUCGCCUGGCUCUCCACAGAGGUCCUCCAGGAUCAAGGGGACCCAUGAUUCCACCGCUGCUGAGUCUCCCACCUCCUCCCCGGGGGAGAGGCCCCAUGCGGGGAGGCCUUGGCCCCAGGUGUGGUCCAUAUGGUCGUGGUUGGUGGGGGGUCAACGCUGAACCUCCCUUUCCUGGGCCAGGCCUUGGGGGUCCCUCCAGGGAGAGCUUUCACAAAGAACAGAGAAACCCUCGAAGGCUCAAAAGCUGGUCUCUUAUCAAGAACACCUGCCCACCUAAGGAUGGCCCCCAGGUUCUAGAAGACAAAUCUGACCGCCCCGUCUGCCGGCACUUUUCCAAAAAGGGCCACUGUCGAUACGAAGACCUUUGUGCCUUCUACCACCCAGGCGUCAAUGGACCUCCUCUGUGAGACUGUGCCUUCCCGUCCGGGUUGGAAGGAGCCCUCUGUGACCUUGUGGCCAUGUGUUGCCCUGUGGCCCCAUGGCUGCUAUCAUGGAGCUCUUCCACCCAUCCCGUCCACUACCUUUUCCAUUUGGGUCCAGAGUGUGUGUCAUCACCAGUGUGUGAUGUGCGCGCUUUCUUCUGCUCCAGCCUCCAGAGACUGGCCUUCGGGACCCCAUCUCUGCUCCCUUCAACUGCCUCCUGGAUCUUCUUGCCCCUCGCGAAGUGACUGCUGAACAGGAAACCUCUUUGGUGCUGUUUCUUGUACAUCUGUCCACCUGUACCCCAGUAUCACCCUCAAUCCCUGAGAGCCCGAGAGUGGUUUCCUACCCCCUCUAACUGCUCGUUUUAAGUCCUUAUUUUUAUUAUUAUUUUUAAUGUGACACCCCCUCAAUGUUGUCAGCUGCUCGUGAAACUCACCAGGUCAUGUGACCUGGGAUCAGGCUCGGGUGCCUGGGUCAGAGACUUUGUUGAAAGGCCAUUCUCCCUGCUUCUGGAUUCCGUAGUUUCUCUGUCAGUAGCAUGAUCCCCGCCGCUCUGGUCUGUGAUCACUGUGCUUUGUGGAGCUGUGCAUCCCCCUUCGUAGCCUCUCAGUGUCCGUGGCAUUUUUGUGACUCCUCAACACUUCAGUACAUUUUUUUUUCUGCCAAAAUGAGUGGAGCCCAUGGUGCCCUCUUAACUUGCCCCACCUCCCAACAUGGGAGAAUUAUCUCCUGGUCUGGGUUAGGCUGGGUCUGAUGCAGGCCUGGGAGCCGUCUUGUGCAGCCCGUGCUGGGCGGGCCCUCUCCAGCCCACUUUGGUAUCACUGGCACUGCAAGGCCACCAGCCCUCACAUGAAUUCUGUGAAUCUCCACCUAGCCUACCUUGGGGUGGAACCUGGACAGUACUGUCACCCUCUUCCAACCCUCUCUGCAUCCCUGGCGCUGGUUGUUUUCUGUGAAAACGGCAGUGAACAGGCUCAGUGUUGAACUGGCCCUGUAGGAAUGGGUCAGGAGCUGUGCGGGCAAGAGGGAAGGAUGAGGGCCCUUGGAGAACUGAGAAUGAGUUUUUUUUUUCUUUUUAACUUUUUUUUUAAUAUAUAUAUUAGUAAUAAAUGCGGUGGAAACAGACAUUUUUCUUAAUCCCUGUGUCCCAGUCGUCUCUGGAGACACAGCUGGUGUUCUUGAUGCAGUUGAUGAAUUCAUUCUGUAUUCAGUUCAUACACAGCGGUGAUAACAGUGAUCCAAUUUAGGUUUCUUCCAGCCAAAAAGAACCAUUGAGAUACAGUGGCCUAUUGCUAUGUUCAAAAGCAAAGUUUUGUG